GUCCCGGCCCCGGCCCCGGCCGAGCAGCGUCGGCCCCACAGAGCCCACGGACCCCACAGCCGGGCAGAGGCACCGCCGGGCUCCACGGCAGCCAUGGGGCUGAGUCCCACUCCCGUCCUUGUCCUCGCUCUGCUCCUGCUGCUGGGGGCCAUGGUGAACGGGCAGCCCCGGGGACGCAUCCUGGGGGGCUACGAGGCCAAGCCCCACCUGAGGCCCUACAUGGCCUCGCUGCAGCUGGACGGGCAGCACGUCUGCGGGGGCUUCCUCAUCGCUGAGCAGUGGGUGCUGAGCGCUGCCCACUGCACCGAGGAGACGGAUGGCAGAGUCUUCCAGGUGCUCCUGGGCGCUCACUCCCUCAUGGAGCCGGAGCCCCACAAACGCCUGUACCGGGUGCGCGCCCAGUUCCCCCACCCCGGCAGCAACAUCCACAACAACAAGGACGACCUCCUCCUCCUCCAGCUGGAGGAGAAAGCGGAGCUCAACGCGGCCGUGCGGGUGCUGCCGUUCCAGCGGGAGGACAGGGACGUGGCGGCCGACACAGUGUGCGACGUGGCGGGUUGGGGCACCAUCUCCCACAGCGGCCGCCGCCCGGACAAGCUCUACCAGGUGGAGCGGCCGGUGAUCAGCCGCGACGUCUGCAACCACCGCACCCGCCACGACCACACCAUCACCGAGAAGAUGAUGUGCACCGACUCCCGCAGGAGGGACACCUGCAAGGGAGACUCCGGUGGCCCCCUGGUCUGCAACGGGGUGGCCGAGGGGGUGGUCACGGCCGGCUCCCGCGUCUGCGGCAACUACAAGAAACCUGCCAUCUACACCCGCAUCGCCCCGUACGCCGCCUGGAUCGACAGCGUCAUGGCCUCCGCGGACGGGGAGGGGGACACGCGCUGAGCCCUCCCCGGGGACACGGCUCCACGCCACGGCUUGCUGCUGCCAGCACGGCCAGAGCACCCACGCUGCCACCUGGGGAGACCCCCACCGCUGAGCACGGGGGGCUCCCACAGACACCCCCAGAGCAUCCCCCCGCGCCGGGAGGAAGGCUGGGCCGGGGGAGCGCUGACAAACUGGGGGACAGGGGUCCCCGGUCAUGGCCUCCCCUGGCAAAGUGUGGGGUAGGCCAGGGGAGGGUGGGGGGUCAGAGCCCCCCGCGCUGGUGGAAGGCACAGGCUUUGCUGACCGCGCCGUAACGCUGCCCGCGACCCGCUGCAAUAAAGCCACGAUGAUUCCUGCA